UCGAGCCCCGCCCGGCCCCGCCGUGAGGGGAACCGGCGGCGAGCCCAGUCCGGAGGUAUCUCCGUGAGAGGAACCGAAGCGUCAUUUGCAAAAUGUGCAAUAUAUCAAGAUUAUUUUAAAUGAGAAUGUUUUUGAUGUAAACUCUUUGUAUACUUUCAAACCUAAUCAGCAAGAAAGGAGACCUAACGAGAGGAAAGACAGCAGCCCUUAGUUACGGGAACUAACAAGCUUUAGGGAUGUAGUAAAUCAAAAUGUUGAUGUAUGUGUAUGUAUACAUUGAAAAUUUGGAAAAGGACUCAAGGUCUGUAUAUCCUACAGCUGAACUAUCUUCAUUAUAAUACUUAAGAUCAUGUCUAAGGGUUGAAAAGGCCCUGCUUGGGUGCAGACCCUUCCCCAUUGCAUGUGGAGAAGUUAGCUGGGGAUUGGCUAAUUUGUAUGGAAAUUACUAAAUAAUCUUAAUAGAGGGGUUGACCUUGGAAAAACACUAACUCUGAACUGCUGUAAAUAAUAGCAUGGAAAGUCCAGUGGGGUGUGUUGGGAUUUGUGGAAACCCAACAAGCAUCCAGGCUUGUGUAAAUAAUAUCUCUCUCAAGUGUGUAGUUAUUGGCUUGUUGCGCACCACAUAGUAAAUCUGCUUUUGAAGAAAACAGGACUGAUUAGCCUUGAGAACACCCAGAGGUCCAGGCUACACCAGGAGAAACCAGCCGCAUCCCUCCCCACGCUUCUUGUUGCACCCCGAACAGAACCAUUCCAGAUAGCUUCUCCUAUGUGAAGAUGCCCUGAGGAGCAAGCCUGCCCAAGGAACAGAUCUUCCACCAGCCAGAGGGAACCAGUGACCCAGAAAUAGAGACUUUACAGAUUAAUGAAAAAGCAGCCUGCUACAUACGGUGCAGCUAGUGCCUCCUUCUUUUUCUCUGUUUUUCAUCUUUUAUACAGCCUGUAGCAUCACAUUUCUGUUCACAUGUAUGAACUGUACACUCACACAUCUUUUCAAUGUAAAGGCCAUAUAUGUAUCAGUAUGGAUGGAUGUCAUGCUAAUAACCAUUUAUUACAUCAGCAGAUGAUGCUGAAGAAAGGGAGCAAGCAGACUUUAUGGGUACUACCUCCAGUAUAAACUACCAUCAGCAUUACUGUAUUAUAACAAUGUGCAUUAAGGGAAAAUACUGGCACAGGCUGGCCAGGACAGUGAUGAAGUCACCAUCCCUGGAAGUGUUCAGAAAACAUGUGUAUGUGGCACUUGGGGACAUGGCAUAGUGGUGACCUUGUCACUGCUGCAUUAAUGGUUGCACUCCAUGAUCUAAAAGGGCUUUUCCCAAUUUUUUACAAUUCUGACCCUUUAUUACGAAAAGUGAAAAGGAAAGGAGGAGUGGCUACCAAAUUUUCCUCGUUUGGUGUUAAAUUUUAAAGAAGGAAAACAAUACUAACGCUUUUCAGUUAAUUUGCCACAUCAGGUGAAGGCAUGAAAAAGCAGGAUCCACUGGGUCUACCUGAAGCUGAAGGGCACUAACAAGCAGCUAUUAUUUAUUUGGCUAAAUCCUGUAACCCGAGACUUUGUGAUGCACACAAGAGACGCGUGAAUGCUGCUGGAUAAGAGCCUCAAGCAGCCAGACUAAAGAUUUGAUGAAAUGCUCCUGUUCUGAUACUUUGCAGCCUGUAGAAGUUGGUUACCUGAUCCUCUGCUCUACCUGAGCCUCAUUGUUGCAGCUUUUAAUAACUGAAUAUCCAGACGACCUAUAAAGGUGCCUUUGAGGAAAGAACUGACAAGAGUCAGUUUUCCCAGCUCAAAAUGGGCAACAAGCAAACCAUUUUCACUCAAGAGCAACUGGAUGCAUAUCAGGACUGCACAUUUUUCACAAGGAAAGAAAUUCUGAGGCUGUUUUACAGGUACCGAGAUCUGGCCCCACAGCUCGUUCCCCUUGACUACUACGACAAACCAGCCGUGACACUCCCCUACGAGCUCAUCGGCAGCAUGCCAGAGCUCAAGGACAACCCAUUCCGCCAGCGGAUAGCAGAAGUGUUCUCAGAGCACGGAGACGGCAAUAUGACUUUAGAUGAUUUUUUGGACAUGUUUUCUGUGUUAAGUGAAAUGGCUCCCAGAGACUUGAAAGCUUACUACGCUUUUAAAAUUUAUGACUUCAACAAUGAUGAUUACAUAUGCAAAUCAGAUCUGGAGAAAACUGUCAACAAAUUAACCCGAAAUGAACUGACCCCAGAAGAAGUCAGCCUUGUGUGUGAAAAGGUGAUUUACGAGGCCGAUGGGGACAACGAUGGCAAGCUGUCCUUGGCAGACUUUCAGCAUAUGAUCAUACGAGCUCCAGAUUUCCUCAGCACCUUUCAUAUUCGAAUCUGAAUCUAGUCGACCAUGGGGACAGGAACUCUUCUGGGACUUCCAACAACUCUUACUUCAC